UCGAGCGGCCUAGCCGAGCCGCGGCUCCCUCCCCUCCCCCCCUCCCCCGCCUCAGCGCAGCCCGGCGGCCAUGGCGUGGCGGCGGCGGCGGCGGCCCGAGGCCGGCGUGCGAGCCCUCGGCGCGCUGGCGCUGCUGGCCCUGGCCCUGGGCGCGCCCGGGGCUCGGAGCCAGGCGCUCGAGUGGUACUCGGCCGUGGUGGGCCUCGAGUACGUGGACCCGCAGACCAACCAGACCGUGUGGAGCGUGGCGGAGAGCGGCCGCUUCGGCGACCACUCGCCCAAGCAGGCCGUGCAGGGCCUGGUGGGCGCCCCGGGCGGGGACCCCGAGGGCUGCGCGCCCGACGCGCGCUUCUCCGCGCCGGGCGGCCGGGCGGCGGCGCCCUGGGUCGCCCUGGUGGCGCGCGGGGGCUGCACCUUCAAGGACAAGGUGCUGGCGGCGGCGCGGAGGAACGCCUCGGCCGUGGCCGUGUACAACGAGGAGACCUACGGCAACGCCACGGCGCCCAUGUCCCACGCGGGAACAGGAAGCAUAGUGGUCAUUAUGAUUAGCUACCCAAAAGGACGAGAAAUUUUGGAUCUGGUGCAAAAAGGAAUCCCAGUAAAAAUGACCAUCGGGAUUGGCACCCGGCACAUGCAGGAGUUUAUCAGCGGUCAGUCUGUGGUGUUUGUGGCCAUUGCCUUCAUCACGAUGAUGAUUAUCUCAUUAGCUUGGUUAAUAUUUUACUAUAUACAACGUUUCCUAUAUACGGGGUCACAGUUUGGAAGUCAGGGCCACAGGAAGGAAACUAAGAAAGUGAUUGGCCAGCUUCCACUUCAUACAGUAAAGCAUGGAGAAAAGGGAAUCGAUAUUGAUGCAGAGAACUGUGCAGUGUGCAUUGAAAAUUUUAAAGUAAAGGAUGUUAUCAGAAUCCUGCCAUGCAAGCAUAUUUUUCAUAGAAUAUGCAUUGACCCAUGGCUUUUGGAUCACCGAACAUGUCCAAUGUGUAAACUUGAUGUCAUCAAAGCCCUGGGAUAUUGGGGAGAAUCUGAGGAUGGGCAGGAACUACCCUCUCCAGAGUCUGCCCCUGUCAGCGUCUCUGCUGGGAAUCUGAGUGUGACCUUCCAGGAUGAGGAUGGGAGCAGCAUGAGCAGCCCACUGUCGUCUGCCACUAGCGAAUCAGCGCCACAGUGCCCUGCCAGUUUGAAAGAAGAUGUAGGGGAAGACACAGCAUUACUAGGUCAGAGGUAUGGCCUUCGGAGAUGGUUACCUAAGCCUUACAAAGUGACCAAGCAUACAAGCUCUGCCCUUUUCUUACUUCCUGGAGGUUAAAGUCAAGGACUAUGGACUAUAAGCUCACUCACUGUUCCCUGCCACCUGGCUGGCUCACCUCCCAGUGCUGUGGUUGAUAUUCCGAGUCUCUGAGCAGAAUAAAGACCACCAGAGAGCCCUGAAGACGUCCCAUCAUUUAGCAGGUAAUAGUUUCCCACAUUCUGUCUUUUUAGGGGUCUUAGAUCAUGUAGCCUUUCCCAAAAGAUUGCUCCCUCUGGUUACUGAGGAAUGAUGACAAUAAAAGGCCGAAUUGCAGUGUCUCCAUCAGCAGUUUGCUCUCUGGACACACGAUGACAAAAUCUCCUGAAGCGAACCACUGGUCUGACCUCAGUAACACCAAAAUGGAAUUCUAGCUGCUUCUAAGAAAAAAAAAAAAAGUGAUCAAGCUAAAGCUUGAGGACAUUAUUUAGGAGAACAUUUAGUUUAGGAGUAGUUUGUAUAGGCUUGAGUAUAAGCCUUGCUUUGUGAUUUCCUAAGCACAAGAGGUUGACGUAAAAAAGCAGAGCUGGCUUUGUGGCAUAACAUGUGUAGUGCGUCUCUGAUGCAACCACCAAUUAAAAUGCCACCUACGCCUUUCCCAGCUUUAGUUUGGGGAUUUUUUUUCUUAAGUCUUAAAAUUGUCGGCAUCUCAUUUUCAAGAGUACUACUCAUGUCAUAUAAAUAUCACAUAAUUGCUAUGAAGCCACUUACCCUCUUCUUACAGCAAAGUAUACAACAAGGCUGUGAGUUGAGAAGUGUUAGAAAAAAGUCAGUUCAUUUUUUGGGGACGUCUCGGGCUUGUAUAUGGAGCCGGUGAGAAGCCUGGAAGCAGCAGCUCCUCCUUGGGCUGAUUGCAGUCGUCAGAUCCCAGGAUUGUACCCAAUGCUUUUAAACCUAUCUUAGGGAUCUAGUAUGGAUAGUAAUGGUUGCUUUUCUUUUUUUUUUUUAAGAUAUGUUUUAGCAAAUAGCUGUUGCUAGGGUUUUAAUGACUAUCAGAGUUCUUUCUAUUCAUUCUCAGAUAUCCAUUAUCUGAAAGGAAUAUCAAUUCAAAAUAUUGCUUAGAUGUUAGAUCCAUCCCAUCAUUCUUGUGAGACUGACUGAAAACGUAUUGACCUGCUAUUUAAAAUGUUAUUCUAUAAGGAAAUUGAGUAGUACCACUUAAAAUUAGUAUUCAGUUUCAUUUGUAAAGUUAAGUACUAAUAAUGAGAAAUAUUUGUAGUGGUCAUAUAUUAAGAUCUCAAGUUACUUUGAAAUCACUUUUCUUUCUA